AUGAAAUUAAAGGAAGAAAAUUGCAAAUUGGUGAAGGCAGGUGAACAAUUUCAAACGUACCUACAGGCGGUGAAAGCUCAAGUCGAUUUCUUGGUAAAAGAGAAACUUGCGAUAGAAAAAGAGCUGGACAAAAACUUCCAUCACACGGCUUUGAUGGAGGACGAAAGACGAUAUUAUUGCCAACGCAUAAAGAAGCUGCUUAAUUCGCUCGACGCAAUAUCUCAGGAGAGGAAGAUGGUCGAGGAAGAAUUACAGGGAGAAAGCGUGGCACGACAGAAGGCGGAGCGAGCCCUCAAAGCCACAAGGCAAGCGUUGGAACGUAUUGAAGGAGGCGUGAAAUUGAACGAAGGAGCUGGACGGUCUGAAAUCAUGAGAGACUUACGGCAAGAUAUCGCCAUGCUUCGAGCAUUCAUUGAAGAACAGACUGGCGUGCCUCAAAUGCCGCAGAAGUGGAACUACAAAAACCUGGAUAUGACCAGUCGUUCGCUAAUCAAAAAAUACAGACAACGUGGUGCCAUCAGUUGUAUAGACGAAGAGGAGUAA